CGCCAUCUUGCCCGGAGCAAGCAAAAGUACGCUCUAAAAAGCAAAAGAUCUCGCUCGGCUAUUACACCCAUACGAUAUCUUUUUGUAUAUGAUCAGAACAUAAAUUAGGAUUUCUUGAAUAUAUCGAGAUUUAAAGAUCGCCAAACAGACAGAAUGAGUACAUGACGUGAAUAAAUCUCCACACAUUACCAUGUCUCGUGGAAUCUUAGGACAAAAGAAAGAUGGGAAGAAUCUCAUGUUGUUUUCCUUCAAAGUGAGAGAAGGUGAUGAGUGGGAGUCUAAUUCAGAUGACUCGGACUAUGUGCCUCCAUGGGAUGGGGAAGAGGAGGAGAAAAGUAAAAGCCAUGAAACAAGGAAACGGAAGAAGAAAUCAAAAAUUCAAUCUGUGAUAACAGAUUCUGAAUCGGACUCAAGUUGCGACACAAUACCAUAUGCUCCAAAUCCUCAGGAAGCAGAUAUACCUCACUCCAAGUCUUCAACAUCAAAGCACAAAUUAGAGAAAACUAAACCAACUUUCUUUUCAAAAUCAAAAGACAUAAAAGAAAAUGUAAAAACAAAAAAUAAACGUAAACGACAACAAAACCAUGAUAUAGGUGAAAAGGAAAGUAAGAAAAUGAAAAUUGAUGGACAAAUUACUCAUAGUUGGGAUAAUCUUCCACCAGAGAUUCUAGUUCGCAUAUUUCAGGCUGUCAUCAACAGUCAAGGUGCAUUGCCAUUCCUAUGCAGGGCUUCUAAGGUGUGCAGUAAUUGGCAGAGUGUAGCUCUGAAUAGCUCACUCUGGAAAACUAUUGAUCUGUCAUAUGGUUGGAUACGUUCCACAGAGCAGACUUUGGACUGGUUGAUCGAGAAUAGAAUAUCUAGAAGUGUUUCUAUUAACCUCAGUUCGUGGAAGAAUUUGACCAUAAAAGGCUUUGAGAAUCUAGUCUUGAAGUGCAAGAACCUGGAAUCCCUGUGUGUUUCAUAUUGUAAGAAGUUGAAUGCAGCAGCCAUUCGUCUCAUAGGAGAUCACUGCAUGAACCUUUCACACAUUGACCUUUCAUUUCUUACAGUGACAGAUAAGGCAGCCUAUGUACAUAUAAUAGAGCAAUGUGGAGGAGGUCUAAUACAUCUAAGUUUAGCAGGAAAUACAGUGAAGGGUCUGAACCAUGUUCUUUCUGCCAUUAUUGCAAACUGUACAAGGUUGGAGCUGCUUGACCUCAGUAAUGUUAUUUCUUCAUCUGACUUCACAACCCUGGACAUAGAAGGUCUGCAGACUGGAUGUCCACAUAUGAAAGUAUUAAGACUCACCAACUCUAAGUUCAGGCCAUCAAGUGCUACUUUUAAAGUGCAGGCUGACUCUGGAGGUUUUCCUGCUCUAGAAGAACUUAGCCUUGCUGUUGGCACAGGAGCAAGUGUAGGAUUAGCCGUGAAUGACAUUUUUCUUCGCAGAGUUUUGAAAAAUGCGACAAAAUUAAAAUUGUUAGACUUGAGAGGUUGCUGCCAGAUCACUCAUAGUGGCUUAAGGAAUAUCAUAGCUGCUGACCUGGAACAUCUCUACAUCUCCAACUGUUCUGUGGCAAGAUAUGAGAGUAUUGAACUCAUACUUAUGAAGUGGCAGCACAGUAUGCUAGAACUAGAUCUGUCAUGGAACAUGUACCCAGGGAUGUCUUUAGACAUUGCCAUGAACAAACUGGCCAGUUCACCCCACCAGUCAAAACUACAGAUCAUCAACCUCAGUGGAACAUCAAUCUCCUGCCAUAGAGUCAGGUCGUUAUUAAAAGGCUGUCCGAACUUGAAAUCUUUAAACCUUGGCUCAUGUAGAGGUCUACCCAGAGGGAUGAAGAAAGAGUACUCAGAGCAACUACUAGAAGAGUUGAAACAGGAUAUUGACACUAUAGCUGAACAGAAUGGACUUGAUGUUGUUGAUGGUGUGUUAUGAUAGUGACAUCUAGAGAAUUGUUAUAUGUGGCCGGGGUGAUUCUUGAAAUAUCAAUGGGUUCUUUUUAUUUCGAAAGUAAUUUUGUUUAGGGGAAGUGGUAAAAAGUUCAAUUUUUAUGCUAAAAAAUAAAAAUGUUAUUGUUCUGUUCUUCUCAGUCAUGAUUGCAAACAUUGAAAGAGAUAGGUCUGGUCAGUAUGAAUAUAUGUAUACUUUUUUGAAUUUGCCUUUUUUGUAAUGCAGAUAAAGGUUCUGACACAAACAUGACAUGAUAGAGCUGGGGUUACAACACCCCUUUACAGUUUAAGCUACUUUCACUUGAAAUUACAAUUUAAUGAAAUGCAGCCUGUUG